GAGCGCCAGUCUUUGGCUGGACGCGACCCUUGGCAGCAGCUCUCAGCAGCCGCAGCGCCGCUGCCAGAGGCCGCCGCAGGUCUCGCUCCAGUCACCACCAACCCCCAAGGCCCCCGCCGCCCCCGAGGCCGCCGCCGAGGCCGCCACCGCCCCCUCCCCGCCAUGCACCGGACGGCCGUCCUCGUCGUCUCCGCCGUGGUCGUGGCCACCCUGGCGCUGCACACCGAGGCCCUCACCGCCUUCGGCAAGUCCAACGCCCCGGACAAGGACGCCAAGCCCAUACCCAAGGUGCCCAAGGGUCGGCCGUGCAGCAGUAACUCCGACUGCGCGGGGACGGGCACGUCGUGCCAGCUGAUGCCCGCGGACGGCAAGAAGCACUGCCUGUGCAAGGACGGCACCCCGCCCAUCAACGCCAAGUGCGCAGUCGUUCCCGUCGCGCCGGGCAAGGGCUGCAAGGAGCACUCGGACUGCGUCCAGAACGCCGAGUGCACCGUCGCCAACACCACCACCAACAACGCCAAGACGUGCAACUGCAAAGACGGCUUCGACGUCUUCCAGGACCUCGGCGAGACGCUGUGCAGCGGGUGCCGCGGGUUGGGCGUGCCGUGCCUCGCGCUGCUCGCGGCCCUGCUGGUCGUCGCGCUGGCGCAGCCGCGCCCCGCCCCGUGAUACAGACAUCCCUCCCAUCCCUGAGCUAUAGGAUUAUUUUUAUUUAAUUUUGGUCGUUUUAGUCCCCCUGAAAAGCCAUUGUAUAAACCCUGUUUUACGGGCGACAGUCGUGAAAGCCGAGUCGUCGGGACUCGCCAUGGGCACAACUCCGGCAGCUUGACAGCUCCCUCCCUUUCUCCUCCCGUUCUCAAUUAUUUUCGAACAAAACGGCGUCCAAGUGGGUAGCCUGGACGUUGCUUUCUUUCUUUUCUAUGCUCAAAGUUAAUUUACCUGAAACCUCGUAGUACGAUAAAUAGUAAUGCUGUUAUGCGUAAUCAGAACCCUGCCUAUUCCUUCUCAAAUGGCGAUGUAAAUUGGAAACUGUUAAGUCGAAAGCUUUUUUUGUUUUUGUUUCUAUAUAGGUCUUGCCUCAUAAGCACCUUUCUUCUAUGAUGAUGAGUAAUCAAACCCAAAAUUUCAGACAGUUCGAAGAAGUCAGAAGAAAUGCUGAAAAAAUAGGUAGAUACAUUAGCAGGUAUUCUAGGCACCUUCCCUAGCAAGGAAUUUAAUGCCAAAGUAAAGCCAGCUGUGUUUUUAUACCCUCCAGAAAAGUGAUUUUAGAAACUAAGCUUGUGAUCAUAACAAUUCCUGAAUUUCCUGCUUCAAAAAUAACACAUUACAUUGGUGCUUGCAAGUAAGAAUUUUAUUUCAAACUGUUUCUCUCUCUUUUGUUUUGUAGUUUAAGAAGCAAUAAAACACAAUUUAGCACACUUUAGUUAUUUGUUCCAUUAAAGAUCAUAAGAACAAUAAAAAAAUAUCAAUUUUAUUACAUUGAUUUCUCUGUUUGUAUGUAAAUAUUCAAGAUUGUUGAGUUUUAAAGUAAGUACAAUGUUAUCGUAAAGAAUUUUAAUAAAGUGAAUACAAAAUAGAA